AUGUUACAACCACCUUCACCUUCUGCUCCUAAUAUAACAGAUUCAUUAUUAUAUAAUAUAAAUGAGUUACAACAAUUGCAAAGAGAUCAAGAACAACAACAACAUCAUCAACAUUAUCUACAACUAACACUUUCACCUUUAGUCGACUCUUGUAAUAGUAAUAAUAACAAUCAUUUAGUAUUGUAUAAUAAUAAUAAUAAUCAAUGUUAUUUUAAUAAUUCAAAAUUAAUACUUUAUGAUACUUUUGUAAAAGUUGCACAAUAUCGUAUCACUUCACAAGAAGCUGCACAUGCUUUCGAGACUUGGAAACAAAGACCAGAAACAAAUAAAAUAUAUAUACCUUUCUAUUGUUUUCAUUCUACUUAUACCGUAAACUUUCAGGGUUUGGUUUACUAUCAAAAUGGUGGAACUGAAAUCACUAUGAAUGGUUCGGGUGGUAUCUCAAACAUUGAUCCAGCCAAGAGGCAACCACAGCAACAACAACAACAACUGGUUGUAGCAACACCAAAAGGUGGUAACCAUGUAAAUAAAUCAUUGGAGAGAGGCUCCAUUAGGCGAACGAUUGCCAAGAUAUUCUUGUGUGGCUCGUCGAUGGACGAUUGGAAAGACUAUCAGGAUAUCCGUGUGUUCUUUGACUUUAAUCGUGUUGAUCAAAUGACAAUGUCAGAGUUCAAAGAGAAAUGUCAGUUCCAGCAUGCUCGUGAAUCGUCGCGACUCUCUCACGACUCGGUCUGGGCAAAUCACAUCUCAAAGAUCCAGGUCGAUGAGCAAUCGAAUGCCGCGUCGUAUCUCUGCAGCCAAGAGCAGACCGCCACCGUUGAGAAUGUCAGUAGCGACAUUGAAUUUGACCAGACCGUCGCUACGCUGUUUUAUGUUCCUUUCUACCACCAUUCCUAUGUGUUUGACAAUAAGCACUAUAGCUUCUUUAUCGAUGGCCAGAGCGGCCAGAUCUUUGCCACCCGUCCGGAAGUCGGUCUAGGAAAGCUUGGCGACUUGGUAAAGGGCGUCAAGAACUACUUUGGAAUGUAUCUAUGGCAAGAGCAAAUCCAGAGAAAACGUGGUUCCGAACUCAACAUCGAGGACAACGUCGAUGUCUAUGCCAAAGAAAAUUACUUUAUAAUGUGGCCGCGCUCUGCCAACGGACUGCUAAGUGGUAACCUCCAGGGUUGGCUCACCAUUAGAAAUCGAUCGAAUCGACCAAUCACCUUCAGAGGUCAGAAGCGAAGAGGCUACACCAAAGGCAACCCGAUUACACUGCAACCUAGAGCAGAGCAAUCCUAUUCAUACAAAGGACACUGGUGUAUGGAGGUCAUCGAUGGUGACUAUCAGAAUCUAGAGAUCAUACAUCUGAAUACAAGUGAAAACAAUCGUUUUCCAAACAUUGGUUUUGCAUAA